GGGAGAGAACGGAGAAACUUUUUGAAAUUUGACUGAACCGGUGCGAAGAAGCAGCCAUGUCCGGUUUCCCGAGCUUAUUUUUGUACAGAAAUGGAGUUAUCUCUCUUUUGCGUCUCAGUUCUUCGAGAUUAGGAUGCUUCACUCGACUAGGGUUUUCUUCCGGCGCUAUAAAACAGAAGAAACGAGAUGAUUCUGCUUCUCACCAAGCAUUUGGCGUCUCCGGGUUUGAUAUGGAGAAGAGCAUAUAUAACAUUCUCACUAUUGACCGUUGGGGAUCUCUAAACCAUAUGAACUAUAGACAGGCUCGUCUUCGACCAGUUCAUGGGAAGCUGGCUUUGAAGUUUCUUAAAUGGGUCGUUAAGCAGCCCGGUUUAGAGCCUGACCAUCUUCUUCAGCUGUUUUGUAUCACUACACACAUACUCGUUAGAGCUAGAAUGUAUGACCGUGCAAGACACAUCUUGAAGGAGUUGUCUUCGAUGGGCAACAAAUCAAGCUUUGUUUUUGGUGCUUUGAUGACCACGUACCGGGUUUGCAAUUCAAACCCUGCUGUUUUCGACAUCUUGAUUAGAGUUUAUCUGAGAGAAGGAAUGAUUCAAGACUCUCUGGAGAUAUUUCGUUUGAUGGGUCUCUACGGUUUCAACCCUUCUGUUUAUACUUGUAAUGCAAUGCUUGGUUCCAUUGUGAAGAGUGUUGGGGAUGCCUCAGUCUGGUCUUUCUUGAAGGAGAUGCUCAAUAGGAAGAUUUGUCCCGACGUGGCUACCUUCAAUAUACUGAUUAAUGUGCUCUGUGCUGAUGGAAACUUUAAAAAGUCGUCUUAUCUCAUGGAAAAGAUGGAGAAGAGUGGUUAUCCCCCAACUAUAGUCACAUACAAUACUGUGCUCCACUGGUAUUGUAAAAAGGGAAGAUUUAAAGCUGCUACUGAGCUUAUUGAUCACAUGAAGUCGAAAGGGGUUGACGCUGAUGUCUGUACAUAUAACAUGAUUAUCCACGAUUUAUGCAGAAACAGUAGAAGUGCCAAAGGUUAUUUGUUGCUGAGAAAAAUGAGGAAGAGGAUGAUUUACCCCAACGAAGUCACGUACAACACGCUGAUUAAUGGUUUUUCUAUUGAAGGAAAGGUUCUCAUUGCUCGUCAACUUUUGGAUGAGAUGCUAACCUUUGGGCUUUCCCCGAAUCAUGUCACCUUUAAUGCUUUGGUUGAUGGAUACAUUAGCGAAGGAAACUUUAAAGAGGCUUUGAAGAUGUUUUAUAUGAUGGAAGCGCAAGGACUUACACCUACUGAAGUUAGCUAUGGGGUACUUUUAGAUGGGCUGUGCAAGCACGCAGAGUUUGAUCUAGCGAGAGGCUUUUACAUGAGAAUGAAGAGCGAUGGGAUCUCUGUUGGGCGAAUCACAUACACUGGAAUGAUUGAUGGGUUGUGCAAAAAUGGGUUAUUGGAUGAAGCAGUUGAGAUGUUUGAUAAAAUGAGCAAAGAUGGUAUUGAUCCUGAUAUUGUCACAUACUCGGCACUUAUAAAUGGAUUUUGCAAGGUGGGGAUGUUUAAAACUGCUAAGGAGAUAGUUUCUAGAAUUUACCGAGCUGGUCUUAGUCCAAAUGGCAUCAUAUACUCAACGCUGAUAUACAGUUAUUGCAGGAUGGAGUGCUUAAAGGAAGCUUCAAGAGUUUAUGAAGCUAUGGUCCUCGAGGGGCACACUCCAGACCAUUUCACGUUCAAUGUACUAGUUGCUUCGCUGUGUAGAGCUGGUAAAGUGGGUGAGGCAGAAGAAUUUAUGCGUUGCAAGACAAGUGAUGGUCUUCCUUCUAACGCAGUUAGCUUUGAUUGUCUUAUCAACGGAUAUGGAAGCUCGGGUGAAGUGCUAAAAGCGUUCUCUGUAUUCGAUGAGAUGACCAAAGUAGGUCAUCACCCAACGUUCUUCACAUAUGGUAGUCUGCUCAAGGGAUUAUGCACAGGUGGGCAUUUGAAAGAGGCAGAGACGUUUCUUAAGAGCCUCCAUGAUGUUCCUGCAGCUGUUGAUACUGUAAUGUACAACACACUACUCACUGCGAUGUGUAAGUCAGGGAACUUGGACAAGGCUGUCUCUCUUUUUGGUGAGAUGGUGCAGCGAAGCAUUCUCCCUGACAGUUAUACAUAUACCAGUCUUAUUUCUGGGUUGUGUAGGAAGGGAAAGACUGUUAUUGCCAUACUUUUUGCUAAGGAAGCUGAGGGGCGAGGUAAUCUACUUCCCAACGAGGCGAUGUAUACCUGUUUUGUGGAUGGUUUGUUCAAGGCUGGCCAGUGGAAAGCUGCUUUUGAUUUCCGGGAGCAAAUGGAGAAACUUGGCCUUACCCAUGAUGCUGUCACAACGAACGCAAUGAUUGAUGGUUGCUCAAGGAUGGGGAAUAUAGAGAAGACAUAUGACCUACUUUCUGAAAUGAGGAACCAAAACCAGGGACCUAAUCUGACUACCUACAAUAUUCUCUUGCAUGGUUAUUCAAAGAGGAAAGACAUAUCAACAACCUUUAUGCUGUACAGAUCAAUGAUACAGAACGGCAUUUUGCCUGACAAGCUCACUUGCCAUUCUCUUAUUCUCGGGGUUUGUGAAUCCAACAUGUUGGAGAUUGGUCUUAAAAUCUUGAAAGCAUUCAUAUGCCGAGGUAUUGAAGUUGACAGGAGUACGUUCAACAUGCUAAUCUCCAGGUGUUGUGCAAAUGGAGAGAUCAGUAAGGCAUUUGAUCUAGUUAAUGUCAUGACCUCACGGGGAAUCUCCCCUGACAAAAACACUUAUGACGCCAUUGUAAGCGUCCUCAACAGGAACCACAGAUUCCAUGAAUCCCGCAUGGUUUUGCAGGAAAUGUCGAGGCAAGGUUUAUCUCCUGAGUGUACAAAGUACAUUGGUCUGCUUAACGGUCUUUGCAGAAUGGGAGAUAUAAAGACUGCGUUUGCGCUGAAGGAUGAGAUGAUAGCACUUAAGAUCUGUGCGCCAAAUGUAGCUGAGAGUGCAAUGGUGAGAGCGGUUGCAAAAUGCAGCAAGGCUGAAGAAGCUAUGAUGCUUCUUCGUGCCAUGCUGAAAAAGAAGCUGGUUCCAACUAUUGCUAGUUUCACGACUCUGAUGCACAUGUUUUGCAAGAAUGGUGAUGUUACAGAGGCCCUGGAAUUGAGAGACGUCAUGAGAAAUUGUGGCCUGAAGCUUGAUCUGGUAUCGUACAAUGUAUUGAUUAGUGGACUAUGUGGUAGAAGUGAUAUGGUAGCUGCAUUUGAACUCUAUGAAGAGAUGAAACGAGAUGGUUUCUUAGCCAAUGUGACUACUUACAAAGCUCUAAUCAAUGGGGUACUUUCUGGAGGAACUGUAUUCUCUGAGACUGAUAUCAUCAUUAAAGAUUUACUUGCAAGAGGAUUCAUAACAUCCGUGAGCUUGUCACAAGAUUCACACAAAACAUUGACAAUGGUCAUGGAGAAGCUGAAGGCCUUGCAAAGUAACAAGAAGGGAUAAAACAUCAGAACAAACUUUAUGUGGUAAACCAUAUGAUCCGCUUCCCUAAGCGAUUAGGGGUUAACGCUUAUCUCGAGGGUCUGCUUCUCUGUAACACGGUGGAAAUGCAAUUUAUCACCGUGAAGAGCUGGAUGUACAGAGUACAUGUUCUGUAGAGGAGCCAGCUAAAAAGAUCCUUGAGCUUCGUUUGAUUCACAUUCUUGAUGUGAGUGCCAACCAGUUCCAGAAGCUCAAGCACUUGAAACUUGUGCUGUUAUGCAGAACGAGACAAUCAAGACAGUGAAGCUGCGCCUUUCCCUGACAAAUACAACUCAAAACCAUACAAAAAAAGAUCAAUUGAAUUUCUUUAAACUCCAGAGAGUCAGAGCAGGAAGAGGAACAAACUCUGAAUAAUAGCUGGAGUUGUGUUGGCAAUUCAUGUGCUAACUUCACCUGUGAAUCAGUCCAGGGAAAACUGGGUGAUGACAUGCAGAGCCAUGGAAGAAGCAAAAGGUUCUUCUUCUGUGUAUUUUCGAGGAAUCUUUAUAAUGAAAUUGUCGGAAUGGAGACACAGAGAAACUGGUUUGUUGUGUUUGGAUGGUGUCUGAGGGAUCUUGAUGCAGACAGAAUCUAACAAUUCGUCAGAUUGCAUCACUGGAUUUGUUCCAUUUUGCAGUACCCACUCGUGAGCCUGUAACACAUUAUUAUUAUCAUUAUAAUAAUGCAUUAUCAAUGUGUAGAUUGUCUGUUAGUCUUCUAACAAUUUGAUUUACAUUCAUAUUGAUAUGCGUUAAUAUAAAUAUUUUAC